AUGCGACAAGCUCCUAAAGUCAUGGCAUCCACCACCUCCACCACCGCCGCCGUAACGGCCACGGCAGACCGUCCCGCACAAGCCGACGUGACACUCCGCCCCGCAACACACGACGACAUACCCGCCCUCGCCUCCAUUUCCGACGCAGCCUUCCAAGCCGACUCGCACACCCAGCUCAAAGCCUCUAUCCGCGGCGACGACGAUUUUCCCCGGGGCAUGCAAGAGGCUCUGGCAUCGUGGAUCAAUCACCCCAAAGUCGACGUCAUUGUCGCCGAGGAAGCGACGACGACGACGACCACAACAACAACAGCAACAAGCGACGGGACGCCGAAGCUGGUGGGUUGGGUGGGGUGGGUGAGGAGGGGUUUCGCCGGCGAUACGGACCUGCCCCUCGCCGGACCCGACGAGGAGCCCCGCGCCGAUACUUUCUUCACGGGAUCACGACCCGGCGGCGGCGGCGACGAGAAGAAGAGUAAAACGGUGGACGACCUCGGCGCGUUGACGAAUGCGUCGAUGGAGUAUUGGGUGAAGAGGUUCAUGCCCGAAGGGUGCAAGUGUAGGUUCCUCUGCACAUACGUCGUCCACCCGGACCAUCAGGCCCGCGGCAUCGGCUCACGCAUGAUGAAGUGGGGAACGGACCAAGCGGAUCGCGAACCGGGGGUGUACUGCUGGGUCCAAUCGUCCAUGGGCGGGCAGCCCGCGUUUGAGAAGCAGGGAUUCUACGAGGUUGGGAGGCUGGAGGCCGACCUGGAUGAGUUUGCAGAGGGGAGAAGGCCCGGUGGUGAGUUGGAGCACGUCACGGGGAGUAAGGAGUCGUGGGGGAGGUAUUCAUGGGUGUACAUGAGAAGAGAUGCCAAGGCAUGA